CUAGGGAUAUAAGCAAUGUUGAAAUUCUAUGCAAUUCAAAAAUUUUGUUUUUCUUUCAUUAAGGAAAAUGGUCAACGAAAAUAUGGAGGGCCACCACCAGAUUGGAAUGGACCACCCCCAGAACGAGGUUGUGAGAUUUUCGUUGGAAAACUUCCCCGAGAUCUCUUUGAAGAUGAACUUAUUCCAUUAUGUGAAAAAGUAAUAAAUCAACAGUAUCUUUUACAAUACCAUAAAUCCAGUUUACCAAUGCAGCUCUUCAUCAAAAACGUUCUUAUCUCCUUCCAUAAAGAUGCCAUCACUUUUUACAUUUAUCUUCAUUCCAAUUACAUUGCAGGACGGAUACAAUUAUGGGGGCAUCCGAUUGCUGUAGAUUGGGCAGAACCAGAAGUUGAGGUGGAUGAAGAUACAAUGUCAUCUGUUAAAAUCCUCUACGUGAGAAAUCUUAUGUUAACUACUGCUGAAGAAACCAUUGAAAAAGAAUUCAACCACAUUAAGCCAGGUAAAAAAAAUAUAAGAGAUGGUAUCUCAUAUAUCUUCCAUGUGUUCUCUUCCGUCUUCAAGGUGUUGGAUGGCUCUCCCAUUGAAGUCACCUUAGCAAAGCCGGUUGACAAAGACAGCUAUGUUAGAUACACCAGAGGUACAGGAGGUCGAGCAGCGGCGUUGCCAGAAUUUACCUACACCUUUGGCCAUGUCUACGAUCCUGCCACAGCUUACCUAGGAGCUCCAGUUUUCUAUGCGCCACAAGCCUAUGCUGCCAUUCCUGGCUUCCAUUUCCCUGCUGCUAAAGGCCAUCUCAUCAACAGAGGCAUCAUUAGACCUUCAACCAUUAGAGGUAAUUGUUAAGUAAGCUCCCCGUUGGGAGAGCGAGUACGUUCAGAGAAGCGUUGUGAGAGUUGUGUUGGAGAA